AUGGGUCGCCACCUGUUAAAUAGUGAAACGACAUUGCGAACGGAUACCUCUCCACGACCGGAAGCGCCACUACGAUCGAUCGACGAGCAGGCAUCAUCACUACCAUGUCUCAACCCUAUUCGCGUCUCGGUCGUAUGUGGUGCAACACUUCCCAGUGGGCAAAUCGCGACUGGGGAAGACGAGGUGGAAGAGACCCUCCCGGCAGUCGAAGCACCAGAGUCGCAUGCGUUUCCACAAUAUGAUCAUGAUGAAGGAAAUUCUAUUAGGCCUGGCCGUCCACAGAUAGAUCCCGCCGUGUCGCCGCGUGAGCGAACGCGUGUCCGCGUCCAACGACAUCGCGACCAGCAGCACCUCACAAGGGCACAGCAGAUCGUCCAAUGGUUUGCCGACUCGCAAGAUCCACCGCCUACCUUGGAGUUCUCUGCCUUGACCUUGCACGAUGGUCCGGCCCCUUCGUCGGUUCCUGACGAGGCUGUGGAAGACGGCGAGGGCGAUGACGGAUCGGAGAGCUUCGGCUUUGACAACGAUGUCGCGUUAGGGCCGACUUCCCCAACGCCUCCAGCACCUCCUGCCUCUACUCGGCGGGACAGUCAACCACCCCAUCACAGAAUCUCUCUCCCGUCUACGCCGACCUUCCCUGUGUCGCCCGAUGCAGGUGCAGUAUCUUCUUCACUUGGUUCAGACGAUCCAGUCCUCAGUGGCUUCCUCGAAGCAAUCCGCCAACAAGACACAGCCGGUCCAGAACCACGCGCGCGUGAAGAGCCGGAACAUACCUCCACCCUUCCCGAAUACGUCCAACACAUCAGCCGUGCUCUUCCUCCCUUGCCUACCGUCUUUGCGGGACACGAUGAGGCCUGCGAUCCACGUGCUUCCUUCUCACAGUGGCAGAGCUUCCUCUCCGACCAGCCGGCCGAGCCGCUGUCCUUCCGCAAGACACAGGCCUCGCUGUCCCAAGACGCCGUGACCAUCGCGCGACAGUGGGAUGUCGACAGUGUCUGGUUCGGUGCUAGGAGCCUGUCAGCCAUCCGAGCCCCCGAUCAGUUUCGACUCUCCUUCUUCUCACCUCACACGAGUAACAUCUCCACCGCUCAAGUGAUACAGCCUCAUGGCCUGGACCUAGCACGUACGCGUCACACCAUCAUCGGCACCUUCACCACUGCCGGCGUCCGCUUCUCCGUCUUGAUGUUCUUCCCUAGCGGAGCCCCUUCGCAAACACGAGCCUCCACCAACAGCCUCUCCCUCGCACGAUUCAGGGAUCUCUAUGAUGAGAUCAUCCUCCCGGCUGUCCGCGAAACUGUCCCUAUCCACGUGCGACAGGAAAUCCCCGGUUCAUACGACCUGAUCUACGCGAAGUCGCGCGCCUACCAGGAAAAGCCGGGUGCUGGUCGCUGGAGCGCCGAAGACGAGAGUCGAUCGUAUCGUCUGGCAUACGGCAUCCCAGCCAGUGUCCUCCCGCAGUUCUGGGCGGCAGUUGUGAGGAACGCGAAUCGGCAUCGGCUCCAGAGCAAGAAGGGGGACGCAGUUCCCUACUUCCAAAACCCCCGUCUCCUCUUUCAGGCCCACGACCUGAAGAACAUGUUCGCGUCAGAGAGUCUUCAAGACAGCUUGUGUCUGUUUCGGGAUAGUAUAUUAGCUGGCCUCGACCCGAGCCAAAUCGACAUGCACUCUUGCUGGCUAGAUGUGGGCAUGCGAGAUCACGUCCUCGUGCCGCCCACGUCGUCUAACAGCGAGAGCCAAAAUCACCAUCACCAUGAACCGUGGACGCUUCUUUGGAAGAGCGACUGCUGUCGUCAUCUCCACGACCAGGUAGUUGGUGUAGCCCCAGAAGCUCCGAUGGAGGCCACUUACUAUCGGCCCUACCUCCUCCGGGACAUAGGCGGAUACUACGUGAGGGCGAAGUCGACUCGGAAAUCGAACCCUGGCCACCCAGAAGCCAGGUCACCGGGUGUCAUUCGGGCCAAGGCGUACAACUGUAGCAAGGAGCUAUUCGGCGUCAUGUUCAGCGAUUACCAGCUCUUCAGCUCAGGUUUUCUGCCGCUUCUCGCCUUUGGCGAAGGGAUGCUGAAGGACCUGGCCGCCACGGAUCAAAGUCGCCAGCAUGCAUCUGAUGGUCAUAUCAAUUGGCAGACAGGCCACAUCUCGCUCGAGCUUCUGGUGAACAUCUACAUGUCUCGAAGCCCGCUUCAAGCUAAGCUAGCCCACCAGGCCAAUGUUCAAGCAUUUGCCACCAACCAAGACGCAGAGAUUCUUGCCGACCGUGCCGUCGCUCUUGCGGUGGAAGAGAUCGCCCGUGCUUAUCAUCAGCACUUCCUGGCCAAGCUGCACUCGUACUGGGAUCGGCUCCGAGGUAAGGAGGAGUCGGCAGCCGAGACUGGCCGUAUCCCCACCGCCCAGGCUGUUCACGGCAUCUACGCGGAGGCAUGGGACAAGUACCGUCAAGCUACAGCGGAUGAUGAUAGUAACGGCGACAUCAAUACAUCAUCAUCCUCACUGCGAUCUGCUCUACCGGAGGAGCUGCCUUGCUGGAUGACUACUCGUCGGCGUCUGCCUCCCAAGAACAGCUGGUCUGCCUUUCUCUUUGACCAAAUCUUCUGCCGCCCCAAGCCACCGACCUGGAAUGCACUAUUCUUUCUUCAGCUCUACCGAGGAUUCAAGAAGUUUUGGCAGGAUACAUGUGCGCCGUUGGGCCCCUUCGACGGUCGCUUCAGCCGCCAGAUCGGGUACUACAUCCAGAUUGCAUUCAACUGUGACCACACCAAGGAAGUCGGUACCAGUCAUGCUCAGGGGACCUGGUACCACGCCAAGCCAUCCUUCUUCCAGAUCCAGUACUGGGCUCCUUAUUUCUCCCCGCCGCGCACGCAAGAAAUGACGUCUCUAUCGUCUAUUUACCGUCUCCGCAGUUAUCCCGAAGGUCUCUCUCCUCGCUCUACCCCCUUAAUUCCGUCACCCCGGAAUUUCCACGAUAUUGAAAGCGCAGCCUGGCCGCACUGGGUCGAGAUAAUGCAUCAUUCGCGCCAUGAUGAUCUAGAUCGUUUGCCUUUUGAAUGCCGUAACUCCAUCCGACGGCACUGCAAACGCGCGUUGUUCUACACCUCCUAUCUCGCCGGCCCGACUUGGGGUUUGGACAAGGAUGUGAAUUUUAUCGUCCCAUGGUCUAUCGAAAACGCAUCCCGUGAUAGUAGUAGUGAGUGGGACGUCUUCCGUGUGCCUGUGGCUGAAACACAUAUCUCGAAGACGAUUUUUGAGGAUACGGUGAGCCAGCCAACUAUUCUGCUGCCCACCCGCGACACUAUCAUCGGUUUGCUCGAUGCUAUAAAGAUCCUUACUGGUCACUCUUCCAGCAUCACAAAACGUUUGUCAUGGACAAAACGUCGGCUCGACAAUCAAGGCGAUCAGUACGACCUCCCUAGUCAUCUCGCGGCCAGGCAUCGGGAAGUGGGGCCAUCGACAGAGAGCCAGUCCCUCCUGGAACGGUUCCUUCACCAACGUGAGCCACCGGAAUGGGAUGUCGAGCCUGUGGAUGAACAGGAAGCCGAGGACACGGAGGAAACGGCGGAAGAAGACAACUCCUCUUCAGGAGAGGAUAAUGAUGAUGAUGAUCUGGAAGAUAUUGGCCUGAUCGACUUAGGACCGUAUAUUGGAUUUGUUAGUUAA